CUCUGGCCGGAAGCGCGUGGGGUAGCGACGGCGGGAGAAGAUGCCUGCGCAGCAAGCGCGCGGUUGCUUCUGGGGCGCCACGUCACGCGGCCUACUUCCGGCACGGAACCGGCGGGCGCACCGGAAGCGCCACCGUGAUGCCCCGCGCGGCGGCCCGGUGGGGAGCGGCCCUCCCGGGCGCCAUGGCAAGGCAGACGCAGGAACCAGUGACCUUCGAGGACAUUGCUGUCUAUCUGAGCCGCACAGAGUGGGACGCCAUUGCAGAAGGGCAGAGGGAGCUGUACCACAGCGUCAUGCUGGACAACUACAAGCUCUUGACAUCCCUGGGUUACCCAGGCCCCAAACCUGACAUUUUAUACCGGAUGGAGCGUGGGGAAGAGCCAUGGGUCUGCACACCGCAGAGCCCAGUGAGGUGGGAUGGACCCGACAGCCCGUCUCCAGGACACGAUGGGGACAGGAACUGGCUGGAGGAGCCUCCCUCAGGCUGGUGGCCUGGUGCUGGCAGGCGCCGUGUGUUGGAGGAGAGGACACAGAACCCCUGCCAAGUGCCCCAGCCAGGAAGAAGGCAAACUCUUCCCAACCCUCUCUCAGCAGGAGGACGGUGCAUGCAGUGGCGUCUCCGGUCUAGAAGACUGUUCAACAAGUUCAGGUGUCUCGGGGAUAAGAGCGAGUUGCAGCCAGAGGAGGCUGGCAGAGGAUCAGGGACGGUGGAAAGCCAAGAUCAGUCACGGACGGUCUUCUGGCCUGGGAAGGAACGAGAAGCAGAGGAUAAACAAGGGGUCACAGCAAACGUAACCCAACGCAAAGGAUUCCCACUUCAUCCAGUGAUGGAACAGCAGAACAGAAAGGCAGAUCCUUGGGAGCAUCUGUGUGGUGACCACGGGGAGAGGUUUCAAAGGAGCGCCCCAAAUAGUCAGUGCACCUUGGGAGAAUUGACAUUUUCACAGAGAAAUGGGGAACUGUCUAUCGAGGAGCUGAAUGAGAGUAUUUUGAAAGACCACUGUUACUGUGUGAUAAAUGAGACAUGGCUCUUGCGUUGCGCCCCACGUCCAUGUCCUCUGAGAGAACACGACUACUGCAGGAACCAUAAGGUUGGUGUCUCUGCACUUAAGGACCAUGAAUACUGUCACGUGCAAAGGAUUCGUUAUCAGGGCAGAGUUAAUAAAAUUGUUCGUCUUACUGGUAAGGCUCGGGCCACGCUUCAAAGGCUGGCAAAGCGAAAAUCCCAGAUAGGGCGAAUCAUCAGGAAAGCCAAGCGAAUUAUGUGGCGUUACAACACUCGCACCCACAAGAGAUUAGAGUUUCCCCAGAGAAAGACUGGCUGUCUUUCUGAAUGCAUUGCCUCAGCGACUGUCCCUCCUGCUAAGGCAAAAGACAACCCCACGAAGGGAAUGCGUGGAGUGUUUUGUCGUCCUGCAAAGCAGGAGACUCUGCAUCCCCAGCCUCAGAGGGAGGGCAGCUCCCAAGGGGGGGCAUCAGAAGCACUUCGUGCCCCUGUGGUGUCUUUUGAACCCGUGGCUGCACCCCCACCCUCCAAUGCAGCUGUGAAGGUGAAGAGGGAAGCGACGCACCCCAAGGUGUACGUACACCGCGAGGUGCAGAGGGCACAGCUGAUCCGGAGCCCUGACACUAAGCAAAAUGUCGAAGGACAUGAACUUACUAAUUCAAAUUAUGUAUCGCUGCGUGAUGCAUAUAAAGUGGUGAUGCAGACUGUUGACCACAUGUUGGACUCUGUAUGCCAGAACUUUGAGCUCGGUGGCUACUCUCAGCAUAAGGAUGUCUGGCCCAUCGUCAUUCAGAUCGACAGCUGAUUGGCAGCAGGUCGGCAGCAGCUGUUGUGUCUGUCGAGGUGAACAGUCAGGACCUUCUUCCCUGCAGCAAAACCCAGUGAAGUGAUUUGGGAGGAUAAAUGCUGUGAAAGGCAUAUGGAGGCAUAUUAGUGGGUAUAAAACUCAGUAUGCAGCACCUGCUGGGGAAACUGGGAUUGUCUGGGAGGCUUCGGGGAAAAGGACAAGGGAAGCAUCCGUGUGGAUAAAGGAGGAAGCACAGGAAAACAGAACGAAGGGGGGAGGAUGGGAAGCCAUGUGUGAGCAGGCAGCUGGUCGGUGUGUUUUCUGUGCCUGAUCACUGCGGUCUUUCCUG